AUGGAACGAUCAGUAAGAAAUAUAAAGCAAAUAUUACGCGAAAAUGUUGCUUACUUUUUAGAGCAUGCUGAUGGACGUGAAGUGAUCGUUAACGUAACCGCACGACUUGUUAAGAAACAAAAUGAAGAACAAAAAAGAGUUGAGAAGGAUAUAGAAGUUAAACAUUCAAAGCGAAAUUUUGCGAAACAUACGGACAACACGUUAUCGCAAGUUAGCAAAAUAACCACCGCCUGUAGCUGGGAUAACAAUUCCGUUAUUGACUGGUAUGGUAAAGGAAAAGACAGAUAUCACUAUAGUAAAGAAUAG